CACAUUACACACCCUAUUAUAUAUAUCCGAGCCAUAGCUAGCUAGCUAGCAAGGUUACAAAAACACAAACACACGUACGUACACUUUUCUUCUUCAUCAUCAUCUUAAUAAUAGUUUUGUGUAGAAAUUGAAGAAUAAAUACAUGUCAGGGGUUUGGGUAUUUAAGAACGGGGUGGUGAGGCUAGUAGAGAACCCUGGAGGUGAGGGAGGUGAGAGUAGUAGUGGAAGGAGUAGAAAGGUGCUUGUUUACACUCCAACAAAUGAAGUUAUCACUUCCUAUUCUUUGCUAGAACGCAAGCUACAAUCACUUGGUUGGGAACGUUAUUACGAUGACCCUGAUCAUCUGCUUCAGUUCCAUAAACGUUCCACCGUGUACCUCAUUUCUCUUCCAAAGGACUUCAACAAGCUCAAGCCCAUGCACAUGUAUGACAUUGUCGUCAAGAACAAGAACUAUUUCCAUGUUAGGGACACGUCGUAGAUUUUGGUGUGAUAUAUGUAUAGGUAAUAAUAGUAAUAAUAAGAUAGGGUUUGAUUGGUGAGGAUUUUGUGUCUUUAAUCUGUGUGCUUUGCUGCUGUAAUUUUUUUUAGUCACUCUAAGAAAAAUUUGGUGUAUAUAUUUGUGUGCAAAUAUUCAUAUC